AUGGCCACCCUUCGCGUUCUGACGUUCGAUGCUGAGGGCCGCCCGAUUCAGUUCGAGACCUGGCUCGAUGACCUGCAGCUGUUCCUAAUGAGCGAUAGCAAGGACAAUGUCUCUCUCUAUGACCACACGUCUGGUGCCUCAGUCGCUCCUGCUGCCACAGCUGAGCUUAGUGCCCUUGCUCGAUACUCCUCCCCUGCCACUGCUGAGCUUAGCCGCCUCAUGCUGCCCUACCUGUUUCCUGAGCUGUCCACCUUUGCCACAGUUGCCGAUCUCAUCACCCACCUUCGCACUAGCGACACUCGCCUUCGCGCCGCCCUCCCCAGAGAGUUCUGUACUAAGAACCCACCUCUGAUGUACUGGACCCUCCACUUUAUAGUCACCCGUCUCCCUAACUCUCUUAGCUCGGUCAUGGACCACUUUCUCGCUCGCUGUCCCACCGAGCUCACUGUCGACCUCCUAGAGGAGCACCUCCUUGCAGCAGAGAAGAGCAUUGUCGCUGUAGGUGCUGCUCGUGGCGCUCCUCGCACCCCCAUCUUUGAGGGGUGCUCUCCCUCUCCCCUCGCCCCCUCCUUCGCUACUGCUGCUGCUGUUGACUUCCUUGGUGCUGAGUCUGCUGGUGCUGCUUCUGCUCCUAGUGGGAGGCGCCGCAACGGCAAGGGCAAGGGAGCCAAGGGUAGCGGAGGUGGCACCGGUGGGGGGGGGUGCGUCGGUAGCGGCGGUGGAGGCGGUGGCGGCGGAGGGGGUGGCAGCGGCGGUGGCGGCGGAGGCGGCGGCGGCGGUGGCGGCUGGGGCUGCGGUGGCGGUGGGGGUGGCGGUCGGGGUGGAGGCACUGGCGCUGGCCAGAGCCAGCAGCAGCAGCAGCGUCCCCAGCUGACCCAGCAGCUUCGUGAGUGGCUUGCUCAGUGUGGGAGGUAUGGGAGUGGUGGUCGCUGCCCGUAUGUCAUUCGCACAGGUGACCGCAAGGGUCAGACAUGCGGGAAGUUUCACACCCAGCACCGCUGCUUCUCCCGCCUUGACGACGCCUGGCGUGAGGAGAUGGGCGAGGAGGUUGAGCGCCCUCGCUGGCAUGAUCUGCUUAGGGAUGGUGUAGACAUUUUUGCUCUUGACUUUGAUGCUAUUAUUGCUGCCAUGAAUACAUUGGAGGUUAGUGCUGAUGGUGACUGUUACCUGUGUGUUCCGCCUGACCCCGGUAUAGAGGCUGCUGCUCUAGGUGCUAGUACGUCUGCUCCCUCAGGUACUGCGCCUGUUGAGGCCUUGCACACCUUCACGCUUGACUCAGUUCUUGCACGGUCCACCACUGUGCUUCCGUGCCCGGCGGUUCCGUCUGGCUCACUGUCAGGUCUCCACCUCCCCUCGUUCUCGACGAACUUGGUGAGCAACGCCGUCCUUCAGGAUCAUUGGGUUGACACCUUUACCCCUGGAGGACAGCGUGUGGCGAUCUACUCUUCUCUGGCACCACCGCCUGGGUCACCGCCUGGGUCACCCCUCCUUGCACCGUCGCCUCCUUGUGUAUGGUCUUCCCCGGUCUCUCCCUCCCCUCCCUGCCUCGCCUGCGCCGCCCUGCCUUCCUUGCGUCGAGGGGUGGCAGCGCGCCGCUCCUCACUCCUCCUCGUUUCCCCUGACAGAGGCUCCUCUGCAGACCCUCCACCUGGACGUGUGGGACCAGCCCGUGAUCGUGGACAGGGCAGUGAGCGGUACUUUCUGCUGGUUGUCGACGACUACUCGCGCUACACCACGGUCUUCACGCACACCAAGGAUGAGGUCCCUGCUGUCCUGAUCCCUUGGAUCCGAGCAGUUCGUCUCCAGCUCCGCCGGAGGUUCCGCCAGGACCUUCCUGUCCUGAGUCGGCACUCUGACAGAGGUGGUGAGUUCACCUCUGACCUCUUGUGGGCCUUCAGCCAGGGGGAGGGAAUCAAGCAGUCGUUCACACUUCCGGGCUCACCGCAGCAAAAUGGGGUUGCUGAGCGCCGCAUUGGCUUAGUCAUGAAGAUCGCACGUACCUCCUUGAUCCAUGCGGCGGCUCCCCAUUUUCUGUGGCCGUUUGCGGUCCGGUACGCCGCGCAUCAGCUCAACCUCUGGCCCUGUGUCUCCUUGCCGGAGACCUCGCCCACACUGCGUUGGACGGGGGAGGUUGGCGAUGCGUCGCGUUUCCGGGUCUGGGGUGCUCGUGCCCUUGUCCGCGAUACGUCCGUGGACAAGCUCUCCUCCCGCACCAUUCCCUGUGUCUUCCUUGGCUUUGUCCCUGACGCCGCUGGCUGGCAGUUUGACCACCCCACCUCGCGCCAUGUCUUUCCCUCUCAGGACGUCACCUUUGACAAGGCGGUUCCUUUCUACCGUCUCUUCCCCUACCGCACUGCCCCUCUCCCUCCCCCGCCGCUUUUCCUCGCUCCAGGUCCCCCUCCGGUAGACCCCCUCCCCCCUCAGGGUCCUGCUCCUUUAGGUGUGUCUCAGGUAGACCCACUCCCCUUGGCUGAGCCUGUCGAGGUCACUAGCGACUCAGGUGCUGCUGUGGGAGGUGCUGCUGGGGGUGCUGCGUCUGGGGGUGCUGAGCCUGCGACUGCGGAGCCUGGGGGUACCGAGCCUGUACGUGAGGUGCUGGGGGGUGCGGAGCCUGGGGGUUCGGAGCCUGGGGGCGCUGAGCCCGCGAGUGCGGAGCCUGGGGGUGUUGAGCCUACGAGUGCGGUGCCUGGGGGUGCUGAGCCGGAGGGUGCCGGGUCGGGGGGUGCUGAGUCUGCUGGCGUUCCUCCGGGUCUCGUUUCACGACACGGGCAUCUCUCACCACAGCAGCUACGAGAGUGGCUUGCGUGGCGUACCCGCCUGAGGAGUCGUGCUGCUAGAGCUGGAGGUUCUGCUGCUGGAGGCACUGCUUCUCGAGGUGCUGCGGUUGGAGUUGCUGGAGCUGCUCGUCGUGGAGACACUGGGAGUGCUGGUGUCUCUAGUUCUAGAGGUGCUCGUACUGGAGGUACUGGAGCUGCCAGUACUAGUGGUGCUCCUGGAGCUGGAGGUGCCGGUUCUGGGGGUGCUGCUGCUGGAGGCACUGGAGCUGUAGACCCUGGAGCUGGUGCAGUCGACUCUAGAGUUGGAGACCCUGGAGCUGGAGGUGCCAGUUCUGGGGGUGCUGCUGCUGGAGGCACUGGAGCUCGAGACCCUGGAGUUGGAGGUGCCGACUCUGGGGGUGCUGCUGCUGGAGGCACUGGAGCUGGAGUUCCUGGAGCUGGUGCUAUCGACCCUGGAGUUGGAGACCCUGGGGCUGAAGGUGCCGGUUCUGGGGUUGCUGCUGCUGCUGCCACUGGCGCUGGAGCUGCUGGCACUGGAGGUUCUGCUGCUGCUGGAGGCACUGGAGCUGGAGGCCCUGGAGCUGGAGGUGCUGGCGCUGGAGGCGCUGGAGCUGGAGGCUCAGGGGCUGCUGGAGGCGCUGGAGCUACUGGCACUGGUGGCACUGCACAGCCGUCUGACUCCGUGCUUCGCCAGGUUCUUACCCUCCUGUAUUCUACUGACCUCCCGUUACAGCCAGGCUCACCACUGCCUGCUCCUUCUCCUUACCCUGAGCAGACAGACUCGCUUACAGAGCGUCGUGAGCCUGCGUCUCGUCCUACCUCGCCUGUUCGCGCUAGUCGCACUGGUCGUCGUGUUCCUCGUGAGCGUCCGCCUCCUGUCCCCGGCACGUACGCUAUGGCACUUCAUCCUUCCUUGCCGUUUCCUCCUGCGUCUUCUUUGCCUGACGUUCCGGACCCUGAGUCUGACCUGUUUCGUGCUGCUCACCCUACUGUCACACGUCUGCUAGCCACUGUUGUCACUGACCCUUCGUUUGAGUCUGCUGCUGUGUCUGAGCUUGUUGACUUUGCUGCUGCCUGUCGUCUAGACUACGCUGCCAGUCUUGUUGCUGAGUCUGAGUCUGUCUGUCCUCCGUCCUUCGGGGGUGAGUGUGCUCUUGGCACGGACGUCCUCGAGGACAGGCAGGAGGACUUUGAGUGUCUUGCAGCCGCUACGCCUCAUCUCGUGGCCAUGCUGCUUGCCCCUGAGGGAGACCCGGAUGCACCAGACAUCCCGACCCCGCGCUCUUACGCUGAGGCGAUUGCGGGUCCCUACUCCUCUCAGUGGCAGAUAGCCAUGGACGCAGAGAUGGCAUCCUGGAAGUCCACAGGCACUUACGUCGAUGAGGUUCCCCCUCCUGGGGCGAACAUCGUCGAUGGCAUGUGGAUUUUCAGGGUGAAGCGGCCGCCGGGUUCUCCGCCCGUCUUCAAGGCUCGUUACGUUGCACAAGGCUUUAGUCAGCGUGAGGGAGUUGACUUCUUCCAGACCUUCUCCCCUACCUCGAAGAUGACCACUCUUUGGGUGCUGCUGCACGUUGCCGCUCAGCGUGACUACGAGCUUCACUCUCUUGACUUCAGUACAGCUUUCUUGCAUGGCAGCCUGCACGAGGAGAUCUGGCUGCGCCGCCCACCUGGCUUCACUGGGCCGUUUCUUCGUGGCUCCCAGUGGAGCCUCCGGCGGCCAGUCUACGGUCUCCGCCAGGCGCCUCGUGAGUGGCACGACACACUGAGGACGACACUUGCGGCUCUUGGGUUUGCUCCUUCGACAGCUGACCCGUCGCUGUUUCUGCGCAUCGACACUUCGCUGCCGCCGUUCUACAUCCUCGUGUACGUUGACGACUUGGUCUUUGCUACUACUGACACUGAGGCACUCGCCCUUGUGAAGACGAAGCUGCAGAAGAUACACACAUGCACAGACCUGGGUGAGCUGCGCAGCUACCUUGGCUUGCAUAUCACCCGGGACAGAGCACGGCGCACCAUCACCCUGACUCAGUCACACAUGGUGCAGCAGGUCCUUUAG